AUGCCUAUCGGAAGCCUCGUAAUUGGCGUCGACCUCGAUCCUAUACGACCCAUCCGUGGCGCCAUCUCCGUGCAGGAGGAUAUCACUCAGCCUAAGUGUAGAGCAGUGGUGAAGAGACUUAUAGUGGAGAAUGGAUGCAAGGCUUUCGACUUGGUGCUGCACGAUGGCUCGCCUAAUGUUGGAGGUGCGUGGGCUAGGAGGCUACCAGUCAGAAUGCUCUGGUUUUCAGAUUCCAAGAUUAUACUGCCGUACUUUUCUGUCUUAGACAGCUUUUUGAAAAAGGUUGAAGUGGAUAAACCACAAGCUAGUUGUUCAGCAUUGGCAGAAAUUUAUAUUGUGUGUUUCAAGUAUAAGGCUCCUGCUAAAAUUGAUCCGCAACUUCUUGAUGUAAAGCACCUUUUCCAAGGAGGUAAAGAGCCUCCAAAGGUGGUGGAUGUACUUAGAGGAACAAAGCAAGAGCGACAUCGUGAUCGGUAUGAAGAUGGAGACACAACUUUGCGGAAGGUCUGCUCUGCAGCUGACUUUGUUUGGUCUAACUCUCCUCUUGAGAUCCUUGGUUCAGUUACUUCUAUAACAUUCGAGGAUCUUGCAUGUUCACCCAUUAAGGAUCAUACUUUGACAAUCGACGAGGUUAAAGAUCUGUGUGACGACCUUCAUGUUCUGAGGAAGCAAGACUUCAAGAAUCUUAUAAGAUGGCGUAUACAUAUAAGAAAGUCGCUAUCUCCCUCAGAGAAGGCUACUUCUGCGACAACGGCUGUGGAACGUGAGAGCAAGCAAGAUGAAGAUGAGAGAAUUCUCAAUGAAAUGGAGGAGUUGACUAAUGCCAUGGAACAGAAGAAGAAAAGGGCAAAGAAACUUCUAGCAAAAAGACGAGCCAAGGGCGACGAUGACAAUAACAUGGUUCAUUCUGAUCAAGACUCCGAUAAUGAUGGAGAUCGUGAGGUGAAUCCCCUUGUGGUACCACUCAUAGAGAAUGCACCAAGUCAGGAGGAGAUUGCAGCAAAAUGGUUCAGCCAAGAUGUCUUCAUGGACUCUGAUGAAAGAGAGGAUUUGGAGAAUGAUGAUAGCGAAGACGAAAUGCAGAUGGAUUUGCCGGUCAAACAUCCCGAAAUUCAGGAGAAGAAAAUUGAAGAUUCACCAAAAAAAUACAUGGAUUCAAGGACGAGUAAAUUAUCGACAGUCAAAGCUUCCAAGGUAGAUGAUUUUGAGAUAGUUCCUACUCCACAUACAGAUUCUAGUGAUUCUUCAUCAGACAACUUGGAUGAAGAUGACAUUAAUUCAAAAGCAGAGAUAUUGGCUUGUGCAAAGAAGAUGCUGACGAAAAACUUUAAAAAGAAGGCAACACCUAAAAAACCUAAGAAGGAAUAUGUGGUAGCAAAAAAGGGUGUCCAAGUUAAGGCUGGCAAGGGGAAAGUUCUUGUUGAUCGACGAAUGAAAAAGGAUGCCAGGAAGCAGGGAAUGAGCAAGCGGGUUAAAGAAACAAAGGUAAAGCAGAAAGGUAAAGGAUCGGCACAGGGACCAGGAAAAGGGUAA